CAUGUGUUUUCCUGAUGUCUGUGAGCACCAGCCCAAGACGAUGAUGUUCAAUGCUCCAGCACGCCUCCAGAAGCAGGGAGAGAACAAAAGCACCAGAAUCCGUCUCUGGUUGCUUGUAGGCUCAAAGAGGCUGACUCUUCCCCAAGGAUAUCAGGGGCAGUGUAAGCUACAGAUAUCUGCUCAUCUGGACAAGCCUUAAUCAUGGAAAGAAAGCUCCUAAAGAAGGAAAUGAAAAAACUCCUGGGAGAUUAUAUUGGCAUCAGACUUCGGGAAAAUGAAUUUGACCCAAAAGGAAGAAGGCAACUCACCUUUCUAGAUGAUAUGGCACACUAUGACUUGGCCAUCAAUGUUGCUUUGCAAUGGCUGGAUCACUUGGAAGACUUCACUUGGCUGGAGUGGGAGAAAGUGAAAAUGCCAUUUCAUGGCAGACCCACAUAUCCAAACCGGAAAGAAAGAGAAGCAAUGAUUUUAUCAUCUUACGCUGGAAUCUUAAUGAACAGUCUCCCAGUUGAGGAAGUCUUUAAAAUGUAUGGAGCCGAUUCUUCUACCAAUUCUGGGGCCACCAAGGUUCCCCGAGCUCCACCUUUCCGCCUCUCCUUGCACCCCUUUGCCAUGUUAACGGCACCCAAAGCAGCAGAAUACGCCCGCAAACAGGGUGUCAAGUUAAGAAGGGGAGCAAACAAAAACGCCGCCAGCAGCUCUGCAAGGGAAGUACAUGUCACAGCGUGGAAAUCAUCAAAAAAUGUAUCUUUGGACAUCCAGCCCAAGAACAAAGUGCCGAAAAUCUGGCUCGCAAGACGACUCACUGCCACAGAAUUGCUUCAUAAAGUAAGGGACAAGGAGAACAUAUAUUUUUUUAAUCCAGGUCACUUAGAAACAUGGAAUUGCACCACGAGAGUCUAUAAUACAGUCUCCAGGAGGGGAAAAGAAACAUCAUCUUAACACUGUAACUCUUGCCAGCACCGUUUUUCUUUAUGGUUAGCUUUUGGUGCAAAGUUUGUUGAAGGGUUACUUUGGAUGUUGGGCUUUCUUCUCUUAGAAUCCUAUUGUGUGGCUAGAGUGUGGUUUUUAAAAAAAUGUAUAUCUUAAGCUACUUCGUUGUCACUGGAAGACGGCUGGUUGGAGAAUUUCGAGACUAUGUAGUAUUUCUACGUCAGAACAGACUGGCUUUGCAGCAAUGCCACAAGUGUUUAGCACUGAGUACUGCAGAGUGAGGGGGGUAGGAGGCAGCUUCCCGAAGUUUUGACCCCAAAUCAAAUUAAUCUGUCAUUCACUGCCCUUACUAUGUUCUCCGAUGGAGACAUUUAAAAUCCUUUCAAUAAAGCAGUAAAAGAAAAA